CUCCUCCGACACACAGCAGCAGUAAUGGCGGACUACGACAACUACGAGGACCGGGACCGGGCCUACGGAAGCUUCGGCGGCGGCAGAGGGCCCCGUGGCGGCUCUGGCCCUGGAGGCCCCGGUGGUCCCAAGAAGCAGAAGGAGCUGCCAUCAGAGCCUCCGUUCACAGCGUUCGUGGGGAACCUGCCGUUCUACGCGGUUCAAGGAGACAUCGACAUAAUCUUCAAAGAGCUCAAGCUUCGCAGCGUCCGAUUGGUUAGAGACAAAGAGACGGACAAGUUUAAAGGUUUUUGUUAUGUGGAGUUUGAAGACCUGGAAUCUCUAAAAGAAGCUCUGACGUACGACGGCGCUCUGCUGGGUGAGAGAUCACUGAGGGUAGACAUCGCAGAGGGACGAAGGCAAGAAGGAAGAGGAGGAGGAGGAGGAGGAGGAGGCGGCUCUGGCUUUGGCUUCAGGAAAGACGAAGGCAGAGGUACGGGCAACCAAUCCCCGCCAGGAAGUCGAGGUUUCCGAUCUGGUCCCAGAGGAGGUGAAGGAGGAGGACAGGACUCCCGUGAGGAUUCCAGCGGCUCAGGUUUUAGAGAUGAUGAUUCCUUCGGGGGGCGGGGUCGAGGUGGCAGCGGCCGCCCCGGUGAGAGAAGGGGUGGUGCUGGAGGCCCAGGAGCGGGAGCAGCAGGAGCAGGAGCAGGAGGAGGAGCAGGUCGCUUCAGAGACCCACCUCCCCGUGGAGGAACGCCAGACUUCAGAGAACCAUCUGAAGAGGAGCGUGCAGCGCGGCCUCGGCUGCAGCUGAAGCCUCGGACUGUCGGUGUGCCACUCAACCAGGUCGCCAACCCCAACUCGGCCAUCUUUGGUGGAGCCAAGCCACGAGAUGAGGUGAUGUCACGAGAAAAACCUUAGAGACUGAAGGCUACAAGGGCCGGGGGGGAGGAGUCAGUGAAUAGAGAACGAGGAUGAAUGAUCGGGAUGAGAUUAAACGCCACAGUUAGAAUUCCUUCCUCACAGACAGUGGGCGAUCGGACGCCGUCCUCCCGCCUCUCUUUCUUCUUCUUCUUCCCGUUUGAGUUUAGAUUCUGCAGAAUAUUUAUUCUAAGUCAGAAUAAAGACAAAACCCUGAUGAGUAAUAAACCUGUUAACACACAACGAGCAGCUUGUGCACGCAUGUCCCAUCUUUGGGUUGCUCUGCGAUGCCCCCCUCAUCACCGCUUACUGUGAUGUCAUACGUGUUUCGUCCAGUAGCCCCGCCCAUCGCCCAUCCCCCUCCUCAAAACUCGUCACAUUUCUCUCCCACAGGACGAAACCCAGAGGUUCAGUUUUAAGCGUAUGUAGUAGCCCCGCCCGCUGUGAUGACACAUCAGUCAGGUGUUCCAGCUUUGAUCCAAACAGUCUUCAAACUUUUCUCUGUCGCGUCAUCGCCUGUGGUUUCUUGGUGGGCGGGGUUUUCCCCGUGUCUCAGCCCCGCCCCCACUCGUAUCAGCUUGUCUUCUUGAAAACGGACACCUGAUGAUUCAGCAUGAUCUGUUCUGUUCCCAUAAUGCACUGGUGGUAGGUUACGCCUUUGUUGUUGAUCAGUCCAGCAUGAGACCUAGUGCUGCAUUCAGUGUCUGUGGGAUUUCCUUCCAUUUGGCAGCCUAUUCAGUUGCUGAGGAAAAAAGGGAAAACCAGUUAAUUCACAGAAAGCUGACAAAUAUUCACAUUUCAAAACCAGUGACAACCGAGUUUGUCUGGAAACCAAAGUCUGUUCAAAUUGUGGAGUCAAUCUGCACAUUUGAAAAGAUUUCCUUUGUCCUGUUGAUUGGCGGGUGGCCACCAACGACCAGGUGCAUUAUCGCCAAAAGCUGGUCCGUCAACACCAUCCUUUCAAAUUAUGCCAAAGCACCUUUUUCCAGUGUUCAGAAACAGAAAUCUUAUUUGAUAAAGAAAUGGAGAUAGAGAGGAUAAAAAAGAAAGGCCUUGUUUUCUUCUUUUCAAAACAUUUAGGCUCUUUUCAAUCUUCUUCAUCCCUCAUUGUUUUUUCUUUUCAUUGUGUGAUGUCAUUCUAAUUGUCGCAUCUUGGUUCCCGUUUUGCCAAACCUCUCACAGGCGCCAAUCCUGGGUCGGUCAGUCUGUCUGUGUGGAGUUUGCAUGUUCUCCAGCUGUGUGGGUUUUCUCUGGCUUCCUCCCACAGUCCGAACAAACAGAUUUGUGUUAGUUUAAUUGGAGACUCUAAAUUGACUGUUAUUGAAUGGGAGUGUAAAUGUCUGUGUGGUCCACUGGCGACUUGUCCAGGGUGAACCUCGCUUCUCAACCAACAUCCGCUGGGAAUGGUUCCAACUCCCUGCAACCAAGGAACAGGUCUUUUAGAUAAGGGACGGAUGGAUGUUCCAGUCUUUCCUCACGUGUCUGAUUUCUCUCCUUUUAUUCUUCUCAAUUUUUGAUUGACCAAUAAUUUCAUAGAAACUUAUUUACAAAAGGGAAGAAUGAAUGAACAGAAAAGGGGGAACUAUUAGAAAAGAGGAAAAGAGAUAGUAUGAAAAAUGUUUUUCUUCCCUAAUUUUAUUUUUCCCCUUUGCUUUUUGCUCCCCAUUUCUUCACCUCUUUCUGUUUCCAAUCUCUCCACUGUCCUUCAUCUGUCUUUGU